UUAUUGCGACUUUGACUUGUUUAUACUAGACCAAUUUUACAUUAACAUCUCUUAAAAAUGUCCUGUCGCAUGUCUUUGGUAGUGUGUCUGCUGUUGUUUGUUACUUAUUCCAAUGCGUCGUUGGAGGAACUAGAGGUUCGGAUGAACAGAAAAUUUCUAAACAUGGAACGGCUAUUGCGGGACCAGAAUGAACGUAUCCAAAAACUGGAACAUACUGUGGCCAGUCAGAAAAUGGAGAUAUAUGAGCUAAAUAGUGAAUUGGCUAACGUUAAAAUGCAGAAUUUUGACAAAAUAGAAUUGAAAAGUUUCGGUGAACAGUUGAACAGAAACGUACAUCCUAAAGUGCAUGACAAUCUAGUUCAUCUUGUCAAAAAUAAGCGACUUCUAGAGGGUAUCCAACCUUCUCCGGUCCCUAUUCAUACCACAGCAUUCUACGCAUACAUGAAUCAGACCUUAACAACGCUGGACCAAAACCGUAUUCUUAUAUUUGAUACGGUUAAAACUAACAUUAAUGGCGGCUACAGUCCAUACACAGGAAUUUUCAGAGUGCCUGUUGACGGUGUGUAUGGUUUUACGUUUAGUGUUAGGGAAGAUCCCAGUAGCUAUGGUUCGUAAAUAAUUAAAAACGCCGAAGCUGUAGGUUCAGCAAUAGGUCUUGUUGAGGGUACCAAUAUUCAGGAACAAGUGAUCGGGACAGUUAUAAUCUCGGCAAGUAAAGAUGACAGUAUUUUUGUUAGAACACAUUCCAGUAUCCAACACCAUGGCGCGAUACUGAGUAACACUCAUGGCAGAUCUAUGUUUGCUGGAUGGUUAAUAUCUCAUUAAAUGUUUUACUUAC